AUGGGAGCCUCCGCAUCAAAGGCAUCCCGUGCUGCGGGCUCUGCUGCUCGGAAGUACCCAACCAGACCAGAAGCCCCAUCAACAACGACGGCGCCUAGCAAUGCGCCUGCACAACAACCACCGCCAGCGGCAGAUCGCCAGCCAGGACCUACUGUACGACCGCAAGCUCACGCCACUGGCAGUCGGGAUGAAGCCAUCAACCUCGAUGCAUCAGAUCCCGACUUUGCUCGAUCACUGCGCUCCCUAGGACCUGUCCAACCAAACCCUACUCUGUCACCAAGCUCGGCCUUUGGCAACAGUGGCCAGCAGUCGACAUCACCACCUGUUGGACCAGACCCGAAGCGCAACCCAGCAAUUGCGGUUCUAGAAGCACGAUCACGCUUACAGGAUCAAGCAGAGCUGGAGUUUCAGCAGGCCGGAAGAAGAGGUCACGAUGGUAGACAAUUCCUCGAUAUUUACAUGAUUAGGCAAAUACUGGUCCAACGGGAUGAGAAAGGCAAGACUUCCGCGGAGAUUGAGAAGAGUAUGGGCUUGAAGAGAGGCGUAGUAGACAGGCUCGGGCCAAAGGGUGUGAUCGGUUUGGCCCAGCAGCAAGGUCGUGCUGAGAAGGGCGUACACAUAGUAUAA